AUGCAACCCCAUGCUACCAAACUCCACCGCUCCAACUCCACGUUCACCAGUGAAGAGAGCAACGCAAGUACUAACAGCGACAGGGUCGCUGUAUCUGACAUACGAGGCCCCGAUCCCAAAACAGUAUCGCGGCGAACCCUCCACCGACCGCCGGUCAUUAUCCAUAACACGGGUGGGCAGAUAUUCGACAAGACGAGACCUUCCGAUUGGGAUAAGCAGCGGUGGAAAUAA